GUUCACUUUCGUGCAUUUUUUUUUCUUUUGGCAAUUGUUCUGGUUAAUUAUUGGAACAGUAUUCCCAGGAUGGCUUUCGCUAUGUUAAGGCCCAUGGCAACUCACCUCGUUUACCCGGACCUCAACAUGAUGUCUGACGAUGAGGAAAACCGCAGCGAAAGUGACGGUAGCUCAGAUCAGAGCUACGGAUGCUGUGCCAGUUCAGAAAAACGGCGGAGAAUGUCCCGCAAGUCCGGAGUUAACAGUGUGGUUAUGGUGAAGCAGCGGAGCGCGGCCAACGCGCGGGAGCGCGACAGAACACAGAGCGUUAACACGGCAUUUACAGCGUUACGAACACUGAUACCGACCGAGCCUGUGGACAGAAAACUGUCAAAGAUCGAAACUCUGCGCCUGGCAUCUAGCUACAUUUCACAUCUAGCCAACGUGCUGCUAGUUGGCGAAGGUAUAGAAGACGGACAGCCAUGCCUCACUGCUGUUUAUAGCGCACAGAGAGAGGGAGACGGAAAGCAGCCCCGGACCAUCUGUACUUUUUGCUUGAGCAACCAAAGAAAAGGGAUAAAAGAUGGUAAAGACUGUCUACGGGUGCGUGGAGUUAGUUCACUGAGAAUCAGCCGCCGGUAGAAGACUGUGAAAAGACAGCUGCAGCCGCAGCUAUUGCUGUCAUCUCAGGGAGCGUUCAGAUGGGGCCAGCCCCCCCCCCUAACCCUAACCCGCUGGAGGGUUACGGUAGAACACAAAAAUGUGGAAAAACAGAGACUAUGUCGGAACUCCCGUAAGUGAUGCCAUCCAAACUGUCAGUUCAGGAAAAAAGAAUCUGUUUUUUCCUGUUUGUAUUAUCUUCCUUUUUUUG